UCCGGCGUGGGUCAGUAUUACUCUCCCGUGGAGGCACCACUCAGCCGUUUGGUCUGGCAAGUAGGUAGGGCAUGAAGGCAUGCCUGUCAGGCACAGGACGAGUACAGUACCUGCUGCUGGCGUGCUGCCUUUUUCACCUCGUUCCUCUUUCGCAUUGCGGAACUUGUCCCUCAGGGUGGCAGAAAGGAUACAAUGAGGAUGUUUGUCUUUCUUUGAUGAUCAAUCUUAGUACAUGGUCAGAUUCAGAGACUGCUUGCAAAGCUAAAGGAGGUCAUCUUGCGUCAUUGAAUACGCUGGACGAGUUUUAUUUUGUUCAGGCGAUUUGUGGUGCCGGGGCUCUGGAUGGGUGUUGGGUUGGGGGCCAAGAGCAGAUUCUUCAGGCUGAAAAUGGCGUCAGACAGUGGAAAUGGAGCUACUGUGAAACCACUCACGAUAUUGAUUUACUCUGGGUACCGCCACUACCAAAUGGAAGUUGCACAGGCACGACCUGUUCUAAUCCAGCAUCACCCCUUUUGUGUACAGUUGUCACAAGGGCGGGGGUUAAGUGGGAUUUUUGUUCUUCCUCUCAUUCGUUUCUUUGUGCCAUUGGACCAGAGUCAGAAUGCACGUCUCCCAAUCAAUCUCACAGGGAGUAUCCUAUCAUUCUGAUCUCAGUAUGCACAAUUCUUGCCGUUACCACAACAGCUAUUGUGGCUUUUCUUUUGGCGUACAGACGCAGCAAAAGGCGGCGGAGGUCUCGUCGUUGCAAGCUUGCAGAACUAUCUAGUGCGAGCGGGCUACUGCAACCCGCAUUUAGGUUGUACACAAUCAGAGAGUUAGAGGCAAUGACAGGAAACUUUUCUGAAGCAAAUUUGCUCGGUAGUAGUCAGGAUGCGAACAGGGGAACUUACAGGGGUGUGCUUUCAGACGGCACCUUGGUUGCAGUCAAGAGGUUUCAACGGACACCACUUCAAUCGCAGAAGGAAUUUGUGUAUGAUGUGCUGCGUAUAGCCCGGCUGAAACAGCCCAAUUUGGUGGCCGUUAGAGGCUGUGCAUAUGAGAAUCGUCAAGGUUAUAUUGUGUAUGAGUACCUGCCAAAUGGGUCUCUCGACCAACGGUUACAUUACAGAUCUCCGGUAGUUCCAGCGCUGGACUGGGAUCAGCGAAUGCGUAUUGCCACAACCCUUGCUCAGGGCCUUGCAUAUCUACAUGACAUACUUAAGCCACAUGUGGUCCACAGGGAUGUGCGAGCUAGCAAUGUACUUCUGGACGAACAUUUUGAUGCUCACAUUCUGGGGGUGGGUCUGAGCAGGCUGGUAUUGCGUGAGGCAACUGUAGGUCGCACAGUGAUUGCCGGGACGUAUGGCUAUCUGGCCCCCGAAUUCGUGUACAGAAAUGAACUCACUACUAGGAGUGAUGUGUACAGCUAUGGAGUCUUACUGCUGGAGCUCAUCACAGGGCGCAAACCAACAGUGGAUGGAGCGGAGCCCUCCGAGUGGCAAAGCACAUUCGAGUGGGCCACUCCACUUGUCCAAGCCCAGCGAUUUCUCGAGCUUUUGGAUCCAACCAUCCAGACUAUUCCCGAUAUAGCUCAAAUUCAGUGUUGUGUGGACUUGGUUUACGCUUGCACUCAGCAUGUCCCUGCAAGUCGGCCACGCAUGUCGUAUGUCGUGCACCAGCUAAUGCAGCUGAGACAAGGGCUUGUGCCUCUCCUACUGAACCGUGCACAGAAUCCAACACCUCGACCUCUAGUAAAUAGCUCUGAGCACAUUAACGUCGCCAAUCUUGGCGAUAAUACAUCCUCUGUUGAAAUUGAAAUUACAGAGGUCCUUUCAUAGAUACUUGCUUUCUGUAUAUCCUCAAUGUGCCUACCGUGUAUCAGCACUAUGCUUGUGUAUAUUUUGUGAUGCUGUACAUAAUUUCCCCUUGUCCGGAAUAACUCGUUACUGUCUUUCA